CUCGCCAUGGGACGGAUCUAAUUUACCAAGGUCCACAAUGCGUUCCCUUCCCUCACUGAAGCUAGUGGAAGCACUCCCCAUGGCGGCUCCUUUUCUUCUGAGAGGCUUUCCGCUCCACCGCCUCCGACUUCACCUCCACCACAGACUCGCCGUCGGCCGCAUAUCGGCGCCUCGAUGGCCGCUAUGCACGGCCGCGAACGAGUCGACUCGGCCGGAUGAGGAGGAGAAGGCGGCGGCGUCUUCAUCAACCGACAACGACGGCGGCGAGCUGAGCGUGAAGGAAUCGCCCAAGUAUCCGAGAUGGAACGAUCCUGAUUGCCGACAGUGGAAAGAUAAAGAGGAGGAGAUCCUCAGAGACAUCGAGCCUAUCCUUUUGCUUACCAAGGAUAUUCUUCAUUCUCGAAUGUAUAUGGACGGGGAACGGCUAACAGCUGAAGAUGAGAAAGCUGUGGUGGAAAAGCUUCUUGCCUAUCAUCCACGCUCUGAAGAUAAAAUUGGAUGUGGGCUUGAUUCUAUUAUGGUUGAUCGGCAUCCCCAAUUCAGAAAUUCAAGGUGCCUAUUUAUCAUUAGAACUGAUGGGGCGUGGAUUGACUUCUCCUACCAGAAGUGUCUUCGACACUACCUCCGAGAGAAAUAUCCUUCUCAUGCAGAAAGAUUCAUACGAGAGCAUUUUAAACGCAGCAGUUAAGUGGGUGUAUUUGUGUCAGUUAUGAUGCUUACUUUUUUUGUUAAUCUAGAAACAAUUGGGGAGAAAAGAUGCUAGGGUUUCUCAUUGAACUGCUUAAUUAAUCAAAUUAGAAAAUAAUGUUUAUAUAGACUUACAAAAUAAAUGGAAAGACUAUU